AUGGACCAUUUUAUAACUGCCGGGGUUAAACUUCUUUCAGGUGAGCACACAUUUGAAGAGAUCAAAAACAAUGAGAAAUUGGUGAUAUUAAAUCCCGACAAGACCUUUGACGAGUUAAUUGAGCUAAGAACGGACUGGACUUUGUUCAACGAGUUUACUGAAGAUAACAUCCAAAUUACAUUUAAAGACAUUGGUCGCGAGUUUAAAUUGAUAUCUUCAGAGUUACACGUGUACGUAUUAUUAAUAGGAAUGGUUGCUGACUAUGGCAAAGGGAAGACUGGGAGUGCCUUGUUUUGUUAUGUGAAUGAGAAACUUGGGAUAGUUUAUAUUAAAUAUGGUGUGAAAGACACGUCAUUUCUCUCAUUAAUUUCAGAGACUAAUAUGUUAAGGAUAUCGACGUAUAACUACACGAUGGUUGUUGGGAACCCACAAAAUCGCGAUGAUUUGAGUAAAAACAUUAACCAAAAUGUCUAUCUAAUGCACUUAGUAGACAAACCUGAAGUGACUAUAUUUCCAGUCACCGUCUCUGCACCACAUUUUAUCCCACCACAAAAACACAAUUUGUUCCAUAACGGAGAAGCCGUGGAAUUGACUGAAAAGUAUUUGUUGUUCUCAGACCCGAAGUCGGAUAGAGGAGUCGUCUUUGUAACUCGAUGGCUUGGGGAGAAUAAAGUCGAUUUCAGAGCGACUUUAAACCCAUUUCCAAGAUGGGGAAACUACCAAAAUUUUGGACAGAUGAUGGCUACUGUAAAGUUAAGUGAAACAACAACUGACGCAUUCAUUGCAGCACCAACUGCUUGGAUACAUGAUAAUAUCAGAAAGGCAACAAACGAGGGAAGAGGGACGACAGAGUAUAUUGGAAUUAUAUAUCAUUUCCAUAUUGAAGACGAUGUGGGAUGCGAGGCAAAAACUUAUUACUUCAUACAAUCGGACAAAGAAAAGGGAGGGCUGUUUAACUCGACUAUUCAUACGAUGAUUAAGGUUGGAAAGGACGUGUUUGCUACACUGGAAAAUUACGACGGAGUGUUUAAAAUACAAUGCGAUGAAAAAUUUGAAUUGCAUUUGUAA